CUGACAUUUAAAAAACGGUGGAGGGUUUGUAUCUUUGGGUAGAUUUUAAUCUUCACCACCCUGCGCAGUCGGGUCAAAGCUGGCACAACUUUCUGCUGAGUCAUCGGGACACACGCUCCUCCGACCCGGGACUGUGCAAUCCUCUUCCUCCUCAGGACCGCUCCUCAUCCUCCUCAGGUCCGCUCCUCAUCCUCCUCAGUUCAGAUCCUCUUCCUCCUCUCAGCGCGGUCAGGACUGAAAUGUCAGGUUCGGAGAGAGAUCAAUCGAGAGCACAGGAUGAUCGUCAGAUCGCUGAAACGAUCCACGUCAGCGUCAAAGGUCCAGCGGAGAGCAGAGAGUGCACCAUGAGAGGAGACUGCACCGUCACACAGCUGAAAUGGUCUCUGGCAGAGGGUGUGGGGGUCCCGGCAGAGCAGCUGGUGCUCAUCCACUUUGGUCGCGUGCUCAGGGAGUCAGAACUCCUGAGUCAUCUUAGGGCACGAGAUGGGUGUGUGAGCCUCUGCAUGAUCCAAAGGCCUCAGCUUUCGUCUGCUGCACACACCUGUGAUCCAACUUCAGAAAGUGUCCAGUCGGGGCUCACAGCCGCUCUUCAUCCGGACCCUGACAGUAUCACGCCGUCUCCCACCUCGCCCCUUUGUCUGGUGGAAGGUCUUGACAAUUUUGGCCAAACAAACAGCGGGCCUGGCUUCUUUUCUUCACUCCAGCGCCAGAUGGACCCGGAGAUGCUGCACCGUGUCCUGGGCAGCCCCUUCGUACAGACCACCCUCUCCACCUCCAGCCCUCAACUAACCAGACAGCUAAUUCUGUCAAAUCCCCAAAUUCACCAGCUCGUGCAGACAAACCCAGAGGUUGGAGAUAUGCUUAACAAUGCAGAUGUUAUCACACAGGUGCUGGAGCUCAUCAGGAACCCUGACAUGAUCGAGGAUGUGAUGCAUGAUGAAGACAAAGCAUUAGGAAAUUUGCAGCCAAAGCAGGAAAACCCUGAAAACACCAAUAGGGAUUCUGGUGGCAAUCAGAAGACUGACACAAAAAGAUUAUCACAGAUCCAGAUAGCAGCAUCCCGAGUGGGGACAACAUCAUCUGGGGAAAAACAGCCAAAUGAAGGAGAAAGAAACAAGACUCCACCCGUCUCCAGUGACUGUUCAGAUCCUCUCGGAGAACUGAGAGCUGAUCCGAACCCUCAGAGCCCCCUCACUGCAGGCAUGCAGUCUCUGCUACAGGAGAUCACAGCCAGCCCCGGGCUGAUGGAGAGCCUGCUGUCUGGGCCGUAUGUCAGCAGCCUCCUCCACUGCCUCGGCCAGAACCCAGACCUCGCUGCACAGAUGCUGCUGAGCCACCCUUUGUUCUCAGGAAAUCCUCAGCUGCAGCAGCAGAUGAGACAGCAGAUCCCUCUCUUCCUGCAACAGAUGCAGAGUCCAGAACUGCUGUCAGCCAUGUUGAACCCCAGAGCCAUGGAGGCCCUGCUCCACAUCCAGCAGGGCCUACAGACUCUGGCUACAGAGGUUCCUGCUCUGAUACCUACAGCCGGUCUUGAUGCUCCACCUGAGCUAGCACCUGACUCUGUCCUCAACAGCCAAUCUGAAAGUGGUCCUCGGGUUGCCGCGGUGACAGAGCAGCAGCAGCAGCAGUUUGUGCAACAGAUGCUACAGGCGCUGGCUAACACCGAUAAUGGGGUCCACGUUGAGGACGCUGAGUUCCAGGACGAGCUGGAGCAUCUGAGUUCAAUGGGCUUCGGAGACAGAGAGGCAAAUCUGCAGAUCCUCAUCAGCACCGGAGGAGACCUUUGCACUGCAAUACAACAACUCCUCAGUCUCUGACACACACACACACACACACACACACACACACACACACACACACACACACACACACACACACACACACACACACACACACACACACACACACACACACACACACACACACUCACACUAUAAUGUACUGUAAGCACCUACACUCAAAACAAAAUAUCUCUAUCAACGAUUACAAAGUGCUUUACAAAAACAUGCAAGACACAUUUGUAUUUCCACACUUUUAAGACACACUUAUAUGCAUUCCUUAACUUCCAUAACUAACCUCUGUCUGCAUUAUAUUCAGUCCUAGCAUUACAGUCCUUCUCAAAGUAAUGUACCUAUUACAAUGGGUUUAUUUAACCCUUUUUUUUUUUAAAUAAUCGAUUUGAAAAGGGAUUAGCACUUCAUUUAAUUUACCAGUUGUUUGUUUCGAUCAUUCACUUUUAGUAAGAAUGAAUAUGUGGAUUUGUUUUUCUUCUAAGAUGGUUGUAUUAGUCAUUAAGUCUAUAAUAUGAAAACAGGGAAAAGUAUUGAUCUGAACUUCCCAGAGACUGAGGUUACGCCUUAAAGAAGACUCCCAUCAUUCCAUUUGCAAUCGUAUGAAAUGGAGAAAAGCAGCCAAAUGUGCACAUUUAACUGAAAACACAUGUUGUACCCUGCCUUGGUGUAGCGAUGAAUAAAAACACGACUCAAAACACAAA